UCAGUGCGGGUGCUGAGCAGAGUGGUUGCCGCCAUGAUAGAACAGCAAAAGCGCAAGGGCCCAGAGUUACCCCUCGUCCCAGUCAAACGGCAGCGCCAUGACUUGCUAUUGGGAGCGGCGGGGUCGGGCCCCGGAACGGGGCAGCAGCAGGGAGCUUUGCUGCAAGCGGGUCCUCCUAGGUGUUCCUCCCUUCAAGCCCCAAUCAUGCUGCUCUCAGGACAUGAAGGAGAAGUGUACUGUUGCAAAUUUCACCCCAAUGGAUCCACCUUAGCAUCGGCAGGAUUUGACAGACUGAUACUGUUGUGGAAUGUGUAUGGUGACUGUGAUAACUAUGCCACAUUGAAGGGACACAGUGGAGCCGUCAUGGAACUGCAUUAUAACACAGAUGGCAGCAUGCUCUUCUCAGCAUCCACAGAUAAAACUGUGGCUGUGUGGGAUAGUGAGACAGGCGAGAGAGUUAAAAGACUGAAAGGACAUACUUCCUUUGUGAAUUCCUGUUAUCCAGCCAGGAGAGGUCCCCAGCUUGUCUGUACUGGCAGUGAUGAUGGUACAGUUAAGCUUUGGGACAUCCGUAAGAAAGCAGCCAUCCAGACUUUUCAAAACACCUACCAGGUGUUAGCUGUGACCUUCAAUGACACAAGUGAUCAAAUUAUUUCUGGUGGCAUAGACAAUGAUAUCAAGGUCUGGGACCUGCGUCAAAACAAGUUAACCUACACCAUGAGAGGUCAUGCAGAUUCAGUGACUGGCUUGAGUUUAAGUUCUGAAGGCUCUUAUCUCUUGUCCAAUGCAAUGGACAAUACAGUGCGAGUUUGGGAUGUCCGGCCAUUUGCCCCCAAAGAGAGAUGUGUGAAAAUCUUUCAAGGAAAUGUGCACAAUUUUGAAAAGAAUCUUCUGAGAUGUUCUUGGUCACCUGAUGGAAGCAAAAUAGCAGCUGGCUCAGCUGACAGGUUUGUGUAUGUGUGGGAUACCACAAGUAGAAGAAUUCUAUACAAGCUGCCCGGCCAUGCUGGCUCCAUCAAUGAAGUAGCUUUUCACCCCGAUGAGCCCAUCAUUCUCUCAGCAUCCAGUGACAAGAGACUGUAUAUGGGGGAGAUUCAAUGAAGAUACGGAAUGGAACAUUUCAAGGCAAUUUGACCUUGAGACCUCAGGCUGUAUGAAUGACAUCAAUUGGUGCCCAGGCCAACAUCCUCCCUCCAGAUGAAGACCAUUACUAGCAAGAAACAGAGGAGACAGUGGCCAUAUUCAUUGACCACAUGUAUCCCAUUUCACCAGGAUGAUUAAGGCAAGCUCCUAGUGGCCUCUUAAGAACCACCUGCCAGAUUUUGAUAGUUUCUUGUUUUAUUUUU